CUAAAUGUUAAACUAGGCCAGUUAUCAAAAUAUUGUGAACCUGUAAACAUACAAUCAAUACCACUAACUGUGUUUACACAUUCAAAACCAAAAAUAAAAGCAAAAUGGCGACCGUAAAAGCAAAAGUGAUAACUGGAUUACCGCUGCAUCAUGCGAUAUCUCAGGAAGCAUUAGGAGUUCAACUUUAUCAAAGAUUAAAAGCGAACUAUCACACUGAAUCACCAGCAAUGAUUAACGUUGUUUCCAAUGAAACGUUAUCAUUUCGUAAUUUAUUUGUUAUGACCUGUAAACUUGGCGAAUGGAUGCGUCGACAAGGUUUAACACAAAACGAUGUGAUUUUAAUGUGUUGUGAAAAUGUAAUGGAAUAUUUCGUGCCGGUUAUUGCUGCAAUGUAUUCGUGUAUUAUCGUUGCAAAUGCAAAUCCAGCAUACAGCGAAAGAGAACUUCAACAUGCUAUAAACCUUUCAAAACCAAAACUAAUAUUUUGCUCAAAAGCAAAUUAUGCAAAAUUUCACAGAAUAAGAAACUAUAUUAGAGUUAUCAUCCUUGACGAUGUUUAUGAACUUGUAAAGAGUAUUAAUAUUGAUCCAUUGCGAUUCAUUCCGAAACAUUGCAAUGUUUAUGACCAAACUGCUGUGAUUUUGUUUUCUUCUGGGACUUCCGGUUUGUUUAAAGCUGUGAUGUUGACGCAUCAAAAUUAUAACGCACGAAUUAAUCAGGCACAGGAUCCACGUUUAUCAACGACAACAGGUGAUUCUGUAAUAUUAUUUCUUCCAUUUUUCCACGCUUAUGGAUUUGCUAUAAUUCUAUCAGAUCUGUUUCAUGGAAAAUGUGUGCAUUUCAUGCACAAAUUCGAAAUCUCUUCAUUUCUAUCCGCUAUAGACAAGCACAAAAUAACAAUGUUACCAGUUGUACCUCCAGUGCUUAUAAUGUUGUCCAAAUCAGCUUUAACCUCAAAAUAUAACCUCACAUCCGUUGUUAAUAUUCUAUGCGGUGCUGCCCCCUUGAGUGCAGAAACUGAAGUAGCUAUACGCAAAAUAUUCCCGAAUGCAAUUAUCCGUCAAGGUUAUGGUCUCACCGAAGGAACAUUCGCUGCAACAUUGUUUUAUGCAAAAGAUUUAGACACUAAACAUGGAUCUGUUGGUACUGCAAUGCCAGGCACUGAGAUUAUAGUCCGUGAUCCGGAUACUGGUGCUUUAAUGGGCCCACAUCAAGUUGGAGAGUUUUGUAUCAAAGCACAAACAGUGAUGAAGGGUUAUUUAGGCAACCCAGAAGCCACUAAAAAUACAUUUACGGAUGAUGGAUUUUUACGUUCAGGAGAUAUGUGUUACUACGAUGAGGAUGGAUAUAUUUAUAUAGUUGAUCGAUUGAAGGAGUUGAUCAAAUAUAAAGCCUUUCAGAUUGCACCUGCUGAAUUAGAAGCGUUGUUGGUAACACAUCCAAAGAUAUUGGAUGCUGCGGUUAUAGGUAAACCGGAUGAUGUUGCCGGUGAAGUACCUUUAGCCUUUGUUGUUCCAAGAAGUGAAGGUGUUACAGAACAAGAGAUUAUUAAAUUCGUCAAAGAUAACGCUGCAGCGUAUAAAUCUCUAAGAGGUGGUGUGCGUUUUCUUAAAAGUAUUCCCAAAAGUGUGAGUGGGAAGAUUUUAAGAAGAGAAUUGAGAGAAUUGAUUAAAACACAAUCACAUUUGUAACUAUUUGUAAAUUUAAAUAAAAUAAUUUUAUAUUUGGUGUUAAA